AGGAGAAGAAGGGGAAGAAGUUCCAUUAGAAGAAGAAGCUGCAAUGUUUGAGGGAGAAGAAGGGCAUGAUUGGGUACGUCUAAGAAGAGGUUAUGGCAAUGUACAGAAAGAAAAAGAAAGACAAAAGUUGGAAAGAAGGGGCGAGGAAGGGGAAGAAGCAGCAUUUGAUGAAGCUGCAUUGUUUGAAGGAGAGGAAGGUCAUGAUUGGGCCCGAUUGAGACGUGGAUAUGGAAAUGUACAAAAAGCAAAAGAAGGGCAUCGUCCAAUGGUGGAAGGAAGAGGUGAAGAAGGCGAGGAAGGAUGGGGUCAGGAAGAAGCUGCGUUAUUUGAAGGAGAACAAGGCCAUGAUUGGGCGAGGGUUCGACGUGCUUAUGGUAAUGUAAUGCGCGAAAAGAGUGCAAGUCGGGAACGUUGUGAAUCAAGAGAAAAGAGGGUUAGUUUUGCAGCUGAAGUAACUGAAAAGAUGGACUUACUUAGCGCUGAAGAUUUGGCUUUAGGAAAACAGGCAAUAAUUAAAAAACCAAUGAAAAGAGAAAAACGCCGUCAGAGAGAAAAAUAUGAAUUAAGGCAAAAUGAAGCGCCAUCUUUUGCCCCAGUACGUCGGAAUUCUUUACUUAUGGCAUUAAAUAUUGGAAGCCCACAUAAUUUACCUCGAUUUAAAACACUUCAGGAUAUAAUUGAUGCAAUGAAGGAGGCUGGUCUAGAAUAUUCCAAUUUAAUUUUUGGAAUUGACUAUACAAGAUCUAAUUAUUACCAAGGAGAAAGAACAUUUGAUGGAAAAUCUUUACAUUAUUUAGAAGAAUAUGGAGGGCAAGAAUUAAAUCCUUACCAACAAGUAAUACAAAUUGUUGGAAAAACACUUUUUUCUUUUGACGCUGAUGGGUUAAUUCCAGUUUAUGGAUUUGGAGAUGAGGAGACAACUGACCAAAGUUGUUUUAAUUUGGUAGAUCGUGAUGAUAUUGAUGCCUCCUUAUUGCGUGUUUACAAUGAAAGAAUGCACAGUAUUUCAAUGAGUGGGCCUACUAAUUUUGUCCCAUUAAUUGAGAGGGCAAUUGAAAUCUGUGAAGAAAAACAUUCUUACCAUAUUUUGGUUAUUGUUGCUGAUGGACAAGUUACCAACGAGAAAAUCAAUCAAAAAGCAAUUGCCCAGGCAUCACGUUACCCUCUCUCCAUUAUUAUGUAA